AAUGUCGCCAAAUUUUGACACUUGGUGUCUCUGAAUGCUCUGGAUGUUCCGCGCGCAAUGUAGUAAAAGGUCGUUCAGCAAGUCGUCAAUUUAAAUUCAUUUGUUGUAACACGUGUCAGUGAAUACUUAUAUACUUAUUGAGUAUUGUUAUUAUUUAUAUAAAUAUUUUUAAACUAAUAUUUUAAUAAUAAAAAAUGUUACGAGAAUCAGUUGAAGAAAUAGCCGGAAAGCCUGAUGGCAAAAAUCGUAUCCACACUGAGACAAUAUCGGUUGAUUCACCACUUCGUAGAAGUUCGCGAAUUAAGCAAAAUCUUAAACAAAAUGAAUUUUCACCUGAAUCGUCUCUAAGCGACGCUAAUAAUACACAAACUUCAAGGAGUCCAAGACGACGAUUAAUUACCAUGGACAAUACGGUUUCUAUUGAAAAUCAAAGAAAUUUACGUUCUAGGACAAAUUCUGUAUCUUCAGAUAUUAGCGAAGUUCUAGAAACAGGUAUUAGUACACCAACAAGAAAAACUAAAAAUAAUGAUAAUAAAAUGAUAGGUAAUCGAAGAAGUAAACGCCUUGUAAGAGCUGGAUCAGAAGCGAAUUCACCACCAUCAGCAACAAGAAACACACGUAAUACAAGAGCUAGUUCUAUGGGACCUGAAGCUACAUCUGAUAAACUAACAGAAAAGCGAAGCAAUGAAUUAAUAAGUACAUCUAUUAGAACAAGAAGACGAUCUUCAUUAAUAUUUUCAGAAGUAACUACAGAAGAAAAAGGAAUAUCUAUGAAAAUUCCUAGGGUAACAUUAAAUCGUACAUUACCUGAUAUUAAUGAAAGUACACAAUCAGACUCAAAAAAUUCUCUUAAACCUAUAGAAGAAGAUGAUUCAUUGUCAUUUUCUAAAAACAAAUGUGAUACAAGUCAUAACAGUAUAUGUGAAAAAUAUUUAGAUAAUGAUGUUAAGAUAACACAACACAAUGCUCCAGAAAAUUCUUCUUCAAAUAAAAUUGAAGAUGUUGAGAAGAAUUUAAUUAUGGAUAAUAAAAAAAUAGCAGAUAAUAAUAAAAGUGCAGAAUUAGAAAAUAACAAAGCAUUAUCUCCAGAUAUUACAAUAAAAGAAAAAUCAAAUAAAUCUCAAAUACUUUCACAAAAUGAAAACCAAAAUAUAUCCAUGAAAUCAGAACUUGAGAAUUUAAAUGAUACUUUGGAAAAACAUGAAGAUAAUAGUAAUAAAAAGAUUCUUACAACAAAUAUUAUUAUUGACUUACAAAACAUGAAUAAUACGCAACAAAAUCCACGAUCUAGUUUAAUUUCAAAUAAUUCAAAUGAAGAUAAAUGUAAAUCUCCUUGUGUUAAAAUAAAUUUAACACCAAAACAUUGUUCUAAAAAAUUAUCAGAUGUGUCAAAUGAUAAUGAUAAUGUUUCUCUAAAAAAAGUUGAAAAUAUAACCGAUUCAAUUAAUGAUUUAUCAGUUAAAAGUAUGGAUAUUUCAAUAAAUCAAGAAAGUAAUUCUGAUAAUAUGAAAAAAUUAAUUACAAGUCCAGAAACAGAGCCAGGCAAUGGUAAUCCAUAUAAUGAAAAUCUAUCAGAUAAAAAUCUUUUUAUACAUUUAAAUGAUAAUAAAAAAGACAUAAAUAUAGCAAAUGAUAAUGAAUCUAUAGAAAUUAAUUCUAAAUUAAAUAAAAAAUCAGAAGAAAUUGAUAAUAUGAAUAUCAAAAUGGAUAUUUCAUGUGAAAAAGAAAGCAUGAAUGAGGAUGAUUUUGAAAAAGAUAGUACAAACCAAUGUAAAAUUACAAAUGACCAAUGUGAAAUUGAAUUAAAUAUUAAAAUGGAUAUUUCAAGCGAGAAGGAAAACAUGAGUGAAAAUGAUUCUGAAAAAAAUAAUACAAAUCAAUAUAAAAAUACAAGUGAUCAGUAUAAAAUAAAAAAUAGAAAUAAUGAAUCAAAUACAUCAGACAUUAUAUAUGAAAAUGAUGAAAUAAAUUGUACGAAAGAGAUUUUAUCACCUAAAUUAAAUAAUAGAGAAUUAUCAAAUUCAAUAGACAUGAAAUUAAUUGAUAUUCAUAACUUCGAUAAAUCAAAACAUGAAGAUACGAAUUACUUAGAAAAAAUAAAUGAAAUGAAUAAUUCAUCUUCUGAUCUAUCAAAAUCUUGUAAUACUGAUAUGAGUUCAGAGGAUUUAAUUGUAACCAAUAUAAAAGAAGACAAUGUAACUAAUUUGAACAAAAAUAAUUAUCCUGUUACAGAAUCUACUGAUUUGGCUCAAGUAGCAUCUGAAAAACAAGAACAUUUAGAAAAAGAUUCUGUAUUAGAUAAUUCUACUGAUUCUUUAAUGUUGAAGAAACAAUUACAAACAAAUGAAUUACAAUCAAAAGAAAAAUAUCCAGAUAUCAAUAAACCAAUAUCCAAAGAGUAUCAAGAAAAGAUUCAAAUUGGUGAUAAUAAUUCUGAUACAAAUAUGACAAAUUUAUUUCAAGACAUUCCAGCUACCGAAUGGAAAGAAAAAAAUAAUGAAUAUGAUAAAAAUUCUGAACAUUUGUCAACUGAAAAAUUGGAAAAUCAAAUGGAAAGUGAUUAUGAUCUUAUUUUAGUCGAUAAAGAGGCAUAUUCAUCUGCAGAAAAACUAAAAAGAGAGAAAGAAAUAUUUGAUUAUGAUUCAGAUGAUACUAUUAUAUUAAAAANGAAUCUAAUAAUAGUAUAGAUUCUGAUAUUCAAAAGGAAUAUAAUUUUCACGGUAAAAACAUUUCGAAGUUUUCCGAUGAUGAUAUACCAGGAGAUGAAUGUAGAGCAUCAGAAACGGAAUCAUCAGAUCCAGAUGAUAAUGGAUCAGAUAUGGCAGACUUUAUAGUUGAUGAUGAUGAAGUUGAAGAAGAAGAAGAAAGUGAAAGUGAAGAAGAGGAAAAGGAAGAAAUUGAAAACGAA